UGAGAUUUUACCCACCGUAACCUACAGACAUCGACUGUACAAUGCCUUCUUACAAGUUUAACUAUUUUGAUUUAAGAGGAAAAGGUGAAACGUGCAGACUAUGUUUUAUAGCCGCUGGUGUCUCGUUUAAAGAUCACAGGAUUGAUUAUGCAGCAUGGCCAGGAAACUACAAAGCCGAAACACCAUUUGGUCAGCUACCUUACCUGGAAAUAGAUGGAAAGAAAUUUGCUCAAUCAGGAGCCAUUGCUUCAUAUAUAUCUAGAGAAUACGGUUUGUAUGGUACCAGCUCUUUGGAAGCUUUAUCUAUAGAUGGUGUAGUGGGUUUAGCAGCCGAUUAUUUCACCAUGUGGGCUAAAUCGCACUUUGAAGCUGAUGCAGGCAAAAAGACGGAACUACAAUUAAAACUAAAAGACACCGACUUACCCAGUUUUCUUGCUAAUCUGGAAAAAAUUCUGACUGCUAAUGGAUCAGGAUAUUAUGUUGGAAAUCAGUUGACAUUAGCAGAUUUGUCUGUUUAUGAUAUUCUGGAGAAUUCCUACAGAGAUUAUCCCAGUGUUUACAGUAGUUAUCCUAAAGUCUUGGCCAACCGCAAGAAAAUCGCAGCUCUGCCACGUAUAGCGGAAUAUUUGUCAAAGAGAAAUGUUACAGAAAUUUAAGACCUAAUCCUUUUUUUAAACUUGGCCCACUAUCUUUCAUUCUAUGAAGUCUAACAUACACAUCCUACAGUCACUUUUAUGACAAGAUAUUUUCAUAGUUUUUACUUUUCUGUAAAUAAAGGCAGCAUAGUGUUCCUGUCAUAAUCUAUACAGCACGAUUUUAAGAUUAUCUGUUUUAAAUUUGUAAUUCGCUUAGAAAUACAAAGAAAAUUCUU